AUGAAUUUCAAACAGGAGGAGGAGGCUCUUCCUGCAGAUCAGGAACCCAUCUCUUCCAAUGGUAGUAGUAGUGGUGAUGGUGGUGGAGUUACAAGUCAUAGCAGUAGUACGAGUAAUGUUAGUACUAACAACAAUACAAUCAACACAACAGUGAGUGCAAUAACGAAAAGGUACUUGCCGAGUCGAGGAUCCCCACCCAUGUUUCCAUCAGUAUCGGAACAAGAACCACAUUCGGACCAGGAGGGAGCAUCAGACCCAAUCAUUCAUUCAUCAUCCACAACAACAAAUUCGACCACUUCUCUUCCAUCAGCAUCAUCAUCCACAACAACAACUCUAUCCUCAUCACCGACCGAAACAAGGCGGAUUCUAUUAUUUCAAUUGAGCUCUUUGAUUGGAACUUUCAUAUUCUUUGUUAUAUAUGAAAUUUUGUUUUUAUCAAUUUUUGAAAAAUCAACCUAUGAUGACUCGAUCAAAUCGAGUCUUUGUUGGCUACUGUCCUAUGCUCUUUCGAUAUGGGCCCAAUAUGAAUUGCAUUGUCGAAUAGUUUUUGGAAAACGAACGAAUAGCUCAGAAUAUUGGCAAACCUUGUCACGGACUUAUAUUGUGUAUGGAAUUUCAAUGUUUGCGUCUACCAUACUGAAUUAUCUUUUGGUUGCACAAUUAGCUCUCAAUCAUAAUUUGGUUUGGUUUGUGACAUUGGUUGCAGUUGGUGUGUUAAAUUACUUCUCAGUUUCUCGAUUUGCCUUUGGAAAUGAAAUGAAUUUAAAUGGUCUGGGAGUACCUGGAACAGGUUCUUCCUAUUAUGUGUAA